AUGCAUGUCAGUAGUCAGCGGCUGCAUCCCGACAAUCUGCCAAGCAUUUACUCGUCUCCUCCCACCCAACUGCAAGCUCUUCCUCCACUCGUCAAUUCAAAGGGAAUUCUGGAUUCAACCUUCUCCUGGAUAAGAAGAAGAGUUGAAAACUCCAAGCCAAUACGUUUAUGCUAUCACACUGUCCAACCUUUGUCGGGCCAUAUGCCAAGGAGGCGGGCUUGUAGCAGGGUUUUAAAACGCGUUGGCCUCCAACUCAGAAUUGUUUGGAUUUUACGGACGCAUUCGUGGCGUAUAAGGACUUGCGGAGGUGUUACUGAACUGGACGUUACACGAUCGAAGCAAUAUCUCACAACUCCAUUCUACGGCCGAAAUAAUUAUCCUCCAAAAAUGAACUGCUAUUAUGCCUUAACGGCGCAGCCGGGAAACAGAAUAUUGAUAAAAAUACUGGACGUCGACAUGGAAGCACAGAUAUUCCGCAACUGUCUGGAUUUCAUAGGUUUUUAUGAAGGGAAGCAUGUUCAGUUCUCUCGUCCUUAUUUGUCAUUCUGUGGCCAACUCAAAGACAGACAGGUAACCUCACAAGGUCCUGCACUAACAAUUCUUUUCUCGUCUGACGAACUGAUUGAAGGACGAGGAGCAAACAUUAGUUAUGAAGCUGUUGCUUUCGGAGAAUGCGAUGCUGGAUGGCUAAGUAGAGAGGACGGGAAUUGUUAUAGAUACAUAGAAGCACAACCGAAGGUUGGAUGGGUGGAUGCACAGGAUCAGUGCAGCCAAAUGCAGGCCAAUCUCGCUUCCAUUCGCAACAAACGAGAUUUCGAUUAUAUGAUCGAAUCGUUUCGUCUCUCUUCAGCACAUGCUUGGAUUGGAUAUACAGAUGCCGAUGAUGAGGGGAGCCUUAUGAGCGUCGACAGCACGUCAAACGCUAUUUGGCCAAAACAGACCAUACAGGAGAAUGGUGACGUGAACGACUGCCUCUAUCUCGACUACUCCCGUUCCGGUCGAGAUUUAUACCGAUUGGCAGAUUGUCGCAAAAAGCAAACGUUCAUUUGUCAGAAACGUAGCAACUGGUCAACCGUUGCAGUCGAAUCUCAACGAGACCGUAUUCGAAGAGGUGCCUAUUCGUCAAGUGCUGACUAUACAAUUUGGCUUCUCAUAUUGGUUGCUUUGAUCCUAUUUGUCAUCUUGUUCUGUAUUUUACUCAACGCCUGUUUAAAAAACCGGGAACGUAAUAGAGUGUCUAACUCAGAAAGUAAUCAGUUCUUUCACGGAUCUGAUACAUGUCAAAUCGAGCAGAAUGAAGCACCUCAUAAGUCUGGACCUGAGGAUCAAGUUGAUCACCACACAGCUACAGUCUGUGAUCAUGGAACGAGACAACGAAAAGCAGUUCACUUGUCUCCUACACAAACUCAUGUUGUUGCGAAUGUAUUGGAACUGCACCCUUUCCCAGUUAGAGAGCUUCCUAAGCUUGUGGAUGAAGUACAACAACGAACUUCUGAAGUCUCACGGUCUAUGGCAAAAGAUCAAUUCUUUGCUCCCGUUGUGGAUGUCUUUCCUGCACUGCCACCGACGAGUUUGCCUCCGUUAUCCAUUCAUGAAACGACUCCUCAAAGUAUGAACACAAGGGAAGAAAGCUUUUUACGGAACAAGCAAAGUUCUCAUCUGUUUGAUCGUCCAAAGAUGAAUGUGUUGGAAAACGUAUCAGCAAUCUCUCUGGAUGAAUUCUGGAGCAAUACCAAGAACUAA